UAGAAGAAUCCUAACCAUCGCUUCUUUAGGUCUGGUCUGUACACAAUUGUCUCCUUUUCACGACCCCUCUCUCUCUUCUUCCCUUUUGAUUACAAUCCCAAUCAUACGUAUCAAUUGUUACUGUGGUAUAUUGAGUCGAUUACUUGGUUUAUUCAGCUAGGGUUCGUAGAUUUGAUUAUGUCAGAAGCUUCGAGAGCGCGCGUCACUAUUACUCUUGGACGCAGUGGCCAGGUGGUGAAGAGGUCUGGACAUGUGUCAGAUGUUGGUUUUUCUGAUUCCCUGCCAGCUGCUGGAAGUAAGCGGUCCAUAAGGGAUAGAUUAGGAAGCAAUUCAGAUAAUUCCCAAGUCUACCACAAAAGACAAAGAGGGGAUAGUUCUAUUUCAAGUUUGACUAGUAAUGGUGUUGAUGAUGUUUCCAUCAGCAAAAAUGACCUUCGAUUCAAACUCAUGCAAAAAAAUGUAGUUAGGCAAGUUCGAAGUGAUGAUGAACGGAAAUUCAUGGAUCUGCGUGAAAAACUGUCAAGGACCUGGCAGCCUCCGCUUAGUAAACUUGAUACACGGCAGCGCAUGCCUGAGUCAAAAGAAUCUAGUAUCCUGGGGAGAAUUCCUCUUACAAGAAGCACAGAUGAUUUGCCCCAGAUGAGCUCAUCUAGAAAUUCUUCAUCUGCUUGGACUUUAGAUCAUAUAAGACGAAGAUCACCAGAGAGAAUUUUUGGCUCUUCUAGAGGUCUAUCCCUGCCAAGUAAUGCGGAGCAUCUACAGAGAAGACCAUUAAGCAGGACAUAUGAUGAUGUGAGACCAGUUCCAUAUAUGAGCAAAGAUGUUAAUAAUGCUCCAAGGCCUGUCAGUUCUUCACCAUACAUUACUGGACCUGCGUUGCCUUCUGGAUCUGCAAACCCUGUACCACCGGCCCCACAUCUUAUAGGCCAACUGCCCUCGUCCACUGGGGUCAUGCCAAAAAAUUUGUACAUGGGUGAAGAACAACAAACAGUUGAUGGUUUGUUACAUUCACUGGGAUUGGGAAAAUAUGCCAUCACUUUUAAGGCUGAAGAAGUCGAUAUGAGUGCACUGAAGCAGAUGGGGGAAAAUGACCUCAAAGAGCUGGGAAUACCUAUGGGUCCUAGGAAAAAAAUUCUCCUUGCUGUCUUGCCCCGCUCCAAGAGACAACCUUGACAGUCACACUUAAAAGCAAGGAGUCUAUGAUUCAUAGUGAUUUUCUCACUAGUAAUUCCUAUCGAAGAAUCUUUCCUAUGAAAGUAAUAUCUUGUAUUCUCACAUUUUGCGUAAAUAUGGCUGGAUCAAACAGGCAUAAUAUUUUUGCAUAACUCUAUCCAUGGAAUUAAAUGAUGAUAAUUGUGAGAAUUUUUCAA